UUAUUCCUCUCUCUCUCUCUCUCUCUCUUUUUUUUUUAUCACGCACUGAUGUGACCCUGCAUACUUCUAAUCAGGAUGAGCGGAGUAAUCCACGAUAUUGAUCCCACUGGGGAUGUCAUUCUAGUUUUAUCUUCCCAAAGAGAGAACCGCGAUACAUGUCUUGUCCCUGCUACCCCUGCUCAACCACCAGUGAAACAAGAGUCCCCAGAGUCAAGUACAAUGCUAGAUAAUCCAGUUGUUGGCUAUCUGUCGUCACGCUCAAAGUACAGAGUCUCGUCCAAGCACAUGAUUCUUGCUUCUAGAUAUAUGAAACGAUCCCUCAAAAGAAUCACAGGCAGCGAUGGAAAGCUUCCGGGUCAGGCCGAAGUAACUCUGCUGGAUUGCAAUCAAGACGCACUUGUCAUCAUUCUGAAUAUCAUCCACGGAUAUAACAGGGAGGUUCCUCGAUCCUUAGAUAUCAAGGUGUUGGUCAAUAUUGCCAAUGUGGUUAGAUAUUUGGAGUGUCAAGAGGUCGUCGAUACCUUUGCGUACAUCUGGCUGCAGAAGGUCCGAGAGGCCCAGGAUCCAAAAGCAAUAGUACCUGAUUGGGUAUACGCCAGCUAUGUCUUAGGGGACAGCAAGGCUUUCCAGAUGGCCACCAAGUCCGUUCAGCGACACAAGUCUUCUUCCUUGCACCGUUUCAACCCGCCCAUUCCGUCGCGUAUCAAGCAGGAUAUCGUGAAUGCUCAAUCCGAAGUUCGUGAUAAAUUGCUCACACUUCUUGAUACUACCGAGCUGAAGCUGCGCGGGACACCAAAUUCCUGUACCUAUGACUGCGAUAGCAUGUAUCUGGGGGCUCUGCUAAAACAUCGAACGCGUACAAACACUGCGUGUCCUACCCCUGACCCCCCGUACAGAUUGUGCCCGAGAUAUCUGGUCAAGUGCAUCUCUGAGUUCAGGAGCCCUAGAUUGUGCCCCCGGAAAGACUGCCAGAACAUGAAAUGGUUUGUGAAUCUUGAAUGCGAUGCAAAAGACGAGGAGGAGAAGCUGCAAGGACUUAGCCUGAACGACUAUUUAGACCAAUAGAUGGAUAUGGUCUUGAGGAUGGUUCAAUAUCGGACUUCGUUUACAAUUUGCAGUGCCAGGUUAUGCCCAUUGUAAAAUAUUGAUGAAUACUGUAUCAUCUUGAGCGUCAAAGAGGAGGAUCUUCCAGACAUCAAGUGGGAUGCGAUAGAAGGUCAGGUGGAAGGAUUUGUCUGCAAGUGACAGGUAUAGUUAUGCACGGUUAUACAGCUGAGUAAGCGUGUACAAGAUGAUAUUAUGAAAUAUAGAUGUCUAUCCCAUCCAAUCCACCUGAACCAUCUGGCUCAACCCAGCCUUUGUUGACG